AUGGCCCCUCUCGCCAACCAAAAGACUUUCAAGCUCUCCAACGGCGUCACCAUCCCCGCCGUGGGCUUUGGCACCUUUGCCAGCGAGGGCGCAUCCGGCGAAACCUACGCAGCCGUCACCACGGCGCUCAAGACCGGCUACCGGCAUCUCGACUGCGCCUGGUUCUACCAGAACGAGGGCGAAGUAGGCGACGCGGUGCGAGACUUCCUCAAGGAGAACCCCAACGUCACCCGCAAGGACCUCUUCAUCUGCACAAAAGUAUGGAACCAUCUCCACGAGCCCAGCGAGGUCAAAUGGAGCAUCGACCAGAGUCUGCAGAAGCUGGGCAUGGACUACAUUGACGCCUUCCUCGUCCACUGGCCCAUUGCCUCGGAGAGCGACGACAACCACAUGCCCAAGAUCGGCGCUGACGGCAAGUACGUCAUCAAGAAGGACCUCACAGAGAACCCGGAGCCGACAUGGCGCGCCAUGGAGGAGAUCUACGAGUCAGGCAAGGCAAAGGCCAUUGGCGUGUCCAACUGGACCAUCGAGGGCCUCAAGAAGCUGCUCGCCUUUGCAAAGGUCAAGCCCAUGAUCAACCAGAUCGAAGUCCACCCCUUCCUGCCCAACACGGAGCUCGUCAAGUUUUGCCAGGACAACGACAUCAUGGUAGCCGCUUACUCGCCGCUCGGCUCUCAGAACCAAGUGCCCAGCACCGGCGAGAAGGUGCGCACAAACGCCAAGCUCAACGAGGUCGCUCAGCGCAGCGGAUACGACCUCGCACAGGUGCUGUUGGCAUGGGGACUGCAGCGCGGCUACGUCGUCUUGCCCAAGAGCUCCACGCCCAAGCGCAUUGAGAGCAACUGGCUCAUCCCCGAGCUGAGCAAGGAGGACUUUGAAGCCGUCGAGGAGGUUGCCAGGGGAAGGCACACGCGCUUCGUCAACAUGAAGGACACGUUUGGCUACGACGUCUGGCCAGAGGAGACUGAGGGUGGUGAGCUCAAGGCAUAGAGCGGGGUAAGCGAGCAAGGGAGCUUGCAUGGCAUUUACGAAUUAAAUUCAUUUAGCGAUACCAAAGGUCUACUGCAGACUUGUUUAGAGUAGCUCAAAGAGCAAUUGAAUCCUAUUUGGUUCAUCA